AUGCUGCUAGGCCAAGACGCGGAGCCGUGGGUCGGGGGGGGGACUGAGCGGGAGACUGAGCGGGAGACUGGAGGGAAGGUGCUGGGUCUGGAGGCUCCUGGUCGUGCUGGUUCAGUUGGGCCUGGGGGUGUUGAGGAGGGCCAGGAUCUGCUCCAGGAGGAAGGCGUUGCCGACUUUCAGAAAAUUGAGGACCUCGAGAGCUAUACGUUUACCCCUUUCAAGUUUGAGGAAGUUCCCACGCGUGGAGCUCGUCCCCAUGCAAGGAGUGGGCACCGCGUGGUCUGCAGUGAGACUGCCAUCUAUUCCUUUGGGGGCUACAACCCCGAGACCACAGGCCCCCACCGGGAGAGUCGCUUCUUCCCGCUCUUCCAGGAGCUUUGGAAGCUGAAUUUUGCAACAGGGAGAUGGAAGCAGUUGCCUCUGAGGGGAGACUGCCCGGAUAAGCUUGCCUCCCACUGCGCCAAUCGAUAUGAUCAGUAUUUGCUCGUUUACGGGGGGACUUCCGUCCCGUUUGGGCACGAAUCCAGCAAUGAGCUCCUCUUCUGUGAUCUCAACAGCCUGGAGUGGCACGUCUUCCCAACCCAGGGGGUACACCCACAAAGAAUGUAUGGACAGGGGCUCGUGAGGAAUGGGAUGGAUGUGUACAUCAUCGGAGGCACGACGGGUCAUCAAUACUGCAGUGACGUUCAUCACUUGGAUCUGAAGACCGGAACGUGGACUUCGCUUCCGUUCACCAACUAUCCUGAGCCCAGGUACCGCCACGAGAUUGUUUUCCACAACAACAUACUGAUUGUGUUUGGUGGGGGGACGAACAUGGAGGCAUAUGGACUCAUCAAGCUCCCAGCAUAUGACCUUCAAAAAAAGAACUGGACAGUGAUUGCAACACAGGGUGACGUGGAAUGCGGUGGGAUGUUCCCUGCCCCAAGACGGUGCCUUUCGUUGACCCACGUCGGCCAGUUCGUAUACAUCUGUGGUGGGCUGGGGUCUCAGUAUGUUGCAUACGAUGAUCUCUGGCAACUCGACCUGACCUCGUUCCGCUGGAGGAGGAUGCCCACUGACCUUCCUCAGUCGCUGUACUUCCAUUCGGCAGAUGUCACUCCAGAAGGGAAGAUGUACGUGUUCGGUGGGGUGACCGGAGAGGUGUUCGCUCCCGAGAGAACGAACUCUGUGUAUUCGAUCUGGUUGAAGAUCCCCAGCCUGAAAGAGAUGUGCUGGGAGGCUGUUCUCCACUAUGCACCUUGGCUGGACAAGGUUCCUUCCCAGAACCUUGUUGAAGCUGGGGUCCCCCAAGACCUGGCAAAUCGGGUCGGGGACUUUCUGGCGGACGUCGGCUGACCUCGACCCCGUCGUCCGCCCGCUGCGUGUCUCUCUCCUCCCUACUAUUAUAUUCAGUGUGGGACCCCUAGAGAUUCUAAGUCCAUAUUGCUUUUGCUUUAAAUGUCUGUGCUCAACUGCGAAAUGAGUCCUUGAAUGAUGCCUUGGCUCACCCCAAGUCUCAACCAUAUGUGGAGCGUUUCUCAUCAUUGCUUCUCAUAUUCUGCUUUGCAAGUUGACAUGUAUGAGAAACAAAAGUGAUUGAGUUUACUAUUGUCAUCGGUAUAGGUGCACAUUCCUGCAUUGCCUCGGCCAUGUAGGUCGGUCACUGUUAUUGGUAUGUAUCCAAGAACAAUUUAUUUGCUUGAUUUGGAACUUUCUCUUAAAAUGUUACUUCAUUGUUACCAUGAAUGGCCGAAUUUCAUACCCCAGUAUCAUAUGAUUUAUCGUUUACCUGUGACAGUCAGCCUCACCUUAAGAUGUACUCUUCGUCAUCCAGAACAAUUCUGGAAAUACUUUGUGUUCAUCAGUUAACCUUGGAAGGAAGACCCUAGAGAGGACAGGUAAUGUUGGCAAAUGAAUGUCUUCAAUUAAGGUUUAGUUGAGGAUAGUGGAAGAUUUUCUUUUUACAUCGUAAUGGAUGGAAUGUUUUCUUUGUCUCGCUCCCAUCACCACGGGUGUCCUUUGCCAUGAAUAGAUAACCCAUGCCUUCCUCUAGCAACCAAAGAACCAUACAAAAGACAUUUUUGACCAAGUUACCCUGGCUGUUUCCUUUUCCAAAUUCACGAAUCGCCAAUUACCUCUGAUACCA